CCUCGGGAGCGGCAUUCCCGCACAAGGCCCGGAAGGGAUGGGACAUCGUCCGCUUCCCUCAGCCGCACACUGAGCCGCCCGUGCCGUGCCGGAUGGCGGGACCCAGCCCCAGCGGGACCCUCGGCACCAGAAUGCUGGCUGAGAAGAAAGGGAGGGAGGGGGCGCAGCAAAGCGAAGUUGCCUCCGCCUGAGCCGCUGGAAACAAGGGAACUAUACAGCGGCGAGAGCCGAAUGCACAAACUUCUGCGGCGGCCAAGCCCGAAUCCAGAUGGGAAGACGGGAACCGGGUCCGCCUGUGCCAUGCCUCCGCCGGCAACGGGAACCGCUCCCUCUAGCCUGACCGUCGGUUAGGGGAGGAAGGACAAGCUUGGCGAUGCGGGAUUUCUACCUGCGACACCAACGGAACCAACGUCUGUUCCACGGAGCGCGUGCGGAUCUCCAGCCCCGCGUCUGCGCCUAAAGUCGACGAGGACGACGAGGAAACACCGCUGCUACUGCACGGAGACAUGGCCAUGGCGGGGAGCCAACAAGAACCCCCGAAUCCUUCGAAAACAACUCUGCUCCCGCCGGCCGCUACCCACACGGCAACCCCAACGGUGCCCCCGCUGCCCCACCCCCACCAACCAGGGCACCGCUGUCUUGCCGGGGCGUACGGAGAUGCCGCGCGCGCGCAUUCAGCCCACCCUCACGGCCCCUUCCACGCCCCUUGGGACGAGGGAUGAGAUUUAAAGCGACAGCUCCACUUUCUGUGCUCUCCCCGCCGCGCAGCCGAGCGCGCGCAGCCUGCCGGCCUCCCCUUCCCCCCACGCGGCGGGAUGUGCUAUACCUCUGCUGUCUCUGGAAUUCUCACUUGGCUUUUAUCCUAAGCUCAGAAGAAUCCCAUUUCUCUUUCCAGUUCCAUCAAAAGGCCCUACUGAAACAGAGUUAAUUUCUGGUGGAUCUGAUAAGCAACUUAUUCUUUGGGAAUGGAACAGAAUGGGAACAUGGAAUAAUCAGCUUGUGAAAAGCAUUCCUCUCAAAGGCCAUACUGAAGCUGUUUGCGCUGUCGAUGCAGUGUACCAGUCUCAUGAAUCUGACUUAAAUCUGCUAGUAGCUUCUACAGCUUCCGACUCUACUGUGAGAAUCUGGUCUCGGCAAGGUUCAGAAGUUACAUGCAUUCAAAUUUUGCAAUUUGGAAAUGGAUUUGUUAUGGAUGUUUGCUUAUCCUUCUUGCCUGGCAGCAGUGUACCAAUAUUGGCUUGUGGUGGUGACGACUGCAAAAUAAGUUUGUUUGUACACCAGGAUGGUCAGUUUCAGAAAACACUAAUACUCCCUGGCCAUGAAGAUUGGAUAAGAAGCAUUGAGUGGGCAGUCUGUGAUGAAGAUCUCUUCUUAGCAAGCUGUGCUCAGGAUUGUUUGAUAAGAAUUUGGAAAGUGUGUACAAAAUCGAAGCAAUUUCCAGAAACUGAAGAUGAUUCCAUAAGACUGAAAGGGAAUGUUUUUACUGCUAAAAAUACUGUUAAAACAUAUGCAGUUACCUUGGAGUCUGUGUUGGCUGGUCAUGAAAACUGGGUGUAUGCAGUUCACUGGCAACCUUCAUUUUUCAAAGAUGGCAGUAUGCAACAACCAAUGAGACUACUGUCUGCAUCAAUGGACAAAACUGUGAUCCUCUGGGCACCUGAUGAGGAAUCUGGAGUCUGGACAGAACAGGUGCGGAUAGGUGAAGUAGGUGGCAACACACUUGGAUUUUUUGACUGCCAAUUCAGCCCAGAUGGUUCAAUGAUUGUUGCACAUGCUUUUCAUGGAGCGCUACACCUUUGGAAACAGGCUACAGUUGAUAAGAAAGAAUGGACUCCAGAGGUGGUGAUUUCAGGACAUUUUAACAGUGUAGAAGAUGUAAAGUGGGAUCCAGAAGGAGAAUUUAUUAUAAGUGUUGGUUCUGAUCAAACUACUAGACUCUUCGCUCCCUGGAAAACAAAACACAAAACAGAGGUAACCUGGCAUGAAAUUGCAAGGCCUCAAGUACAUGGGUAUGAUAUACGUUGUCUGGCAAUGAUUGGCCGGUUUCAGUUUGUAUCUGGAGCAGAUGAAAAAGUGCUUAGAGUCUUUCGUGCUCCCAAGAAUUUUGUAGAAAAUUUCAGCAGUAUCACUGGUAUUCCAGUGAGGAUGUUACACUAUCAUCAAUCAUCUGACCUUCCAGAAGGUGCAACUGUGCCAGCUUUGGGUUUGUCCAAUAAAGCUGUCUUUGAAGGUGAUAUGGCUGUUCAACCAGCUGAGGAUGAAGAAACAUAUAAUACCAUUUCUAAUCAGUAUCCUGAAAUUCACUUUCAACCUUUGAUCCUUACAGAACCUCCCCCAGAGGAUCACUUGCUGCAGAAUACCUUGUGGCCUGAAAUUCAAAAGCUAUAUGGACAUGGAUAUGAAGUUUUUUGUGUUGCCUGCAAUAAUUCAAACACUAUAAUUGCCUCAGCAUGUAAGGCUUCCAAAAAAGAACAUGCAGCAAUUAUUUUGUGGAGCACUACUUCUUGGAAGAAACUGCAGAGUUUGUCUUUUCACAAUCUGACUGUUACUCAACUGGCAUUUUCUCCUAAUGACAAACUUUUACUAGCUGUUUCUAGAGACAGAAAUUGGUCACUGUGGAAGAAACAAGACUCAUCAGAGUCAGGGCCAGUUUUCUCUUGCUGUGCAUACACUGACAAAAAUACAGCUGUUCACAAUCGAAUCAUUUGGUCUUGUGAUUGGACACCAGAUAGCAAGUAUUUUAUUACUGGCAGUCGGGACAAAAAGGUUAUUAUUUGGGGCCAGUGUGACUUAUCUGGGACUACAGAAUGGAAUAUGUUGGCUUCAAUCAGGCCUUGUUCAACAGUGCUGGAUGCUGGAGAUUCUGUUAUGGCAGUUAGUAUCAGCCACGUGCUUACUCCUGAUGGAAGAUACAUCAUUGCAAUAGGCUUAGAGUGUGGGAAGAUUAAAUUGCACACAUGGAAGCAGAGUGGCCAGGAGCCGGCAUUAGCUGAUUGGACCAACUGUGUUGAGAUGAAUAACAGCCAAAGUCAUGCUCUUGCUGUGAAAAGUCUAUGCUGGAGACAUCAGAAGGGCAGAGCUGGAUAUUCUGAUGAGAACAACAGCAAGUGGUUGCAGCUUGCAAGUUGUGGAGCUGAUUGCUGUGUUAAGAUAUUCAAUGUCAACAGAUUUGCUUUUUAGCAGAGACAACAGACCUGUCUGAGCAGCAUGAAUUUACAUAAUUUUAUUUCAGCUGUUUAACCAUAUUUUUAAAUUCUCAUCUUUCUAUUGUGUAAAGAAAGACAUCUGAAAUAUAACUUAUUAAAGCAACUUUUUUAUUAGUCAA